CCCUCUUUCAUCUAUACACAUCGAUUUGAAAUAAAAAAAAAAAAACUUUAUUCCCAAUUCAUAAACACUUCGAGCUGCUUUUCUGAUCAUCAUUUUUGUUCAGUUCAUUCACUCGCUACUUUUCCGUUCAAAAAACAAUCUAAAAAAUUGCGGCAAAAAGUGAAACAAAAACAUUCUCACCGACACGUCGCCGCUAACUCACUCACACUCUCUUUCUCCACCGAUUUCACAGUUUCGAACUCAUCUUCGACGCUAUGAACCUGAAAUACGAACAGAGGCUCCAAGUCGCCGCUAAAAUAAUACUCGACGACGACGAAAGUUCCGGCGACGCAGCGCCGAGUGAAGAAGAGCUUGGGAUUAAAGCAACACUGAAACCUCAUCAAGUGGAUGGAAUUUCAUGGCUUAUAAGGAGAUAUAAACUUGGUGUCAACGUUGUUCUUGGGGAUGAGAUGGGAUUGGGCAAGACAUUGCAAGCUAUCUCAUUUUUAAGCUAUUUGAAAGUGCGCCAGUUGUCACACGGGCCAUUUUUGGUUAUAUGUCCUUUAAGUGUGACAGAUGGUUGGGUGUCUGAGAUAGUCAAAUAUGCCCCUAAACUAGAAGUCUUCAAAUAUGUUGGUGAUAAAGAAUAUAGGCGCAGUCUACGUAGGAAAACACAUGAACAUGUAACAAAGCAGCCAACACAUAAUGUCAUGUUGCCAUUCGAUGUGCUGUUAACAUCAUAUGACAUUGCACUAAUGGAUAAGGAUUUUCUUUCUCAAAUACCAUGGCAGUAUGCAGUCAUCGAUGAAGCGCAAAGGCUUAAAAACCCGUCAAGUGUUUUAUUUAAUGUUCUCAAAGAUCGCUAUAUCAUGCCAAGACGGUUGUUGAUGACUGGCACUCCUAUUCAGAACAACCUUUCUGAACUGUGGGCGUUGAUGCAUUUUUGCAUGCCAUCUGUUUUUGGGACACUAGAUCAGUUUCUUUCUACAUUUAAGGACAUCAGUGAUCUUACCUCAGGUGAGGGCUGCCCAAACUUUAUAAACACUACACAUGCCAUAUCUCUAGGCAACGUGGGGCUAAAUCCACCCCUUCACAGUCAACACAAUGAAGAUUUUGGAGGUGGAAAUGAAGGCAUUCCUAAUUCCGCAAUUAGGUGGCUGGGGGCGGAUCGCAAUGAAGUUGGAAUUUCUAACAACCCUUCGUGCUCGGGUCCAAUGAGCUCGGAGCGUGGAUUAUGCCUGUACCCCAACAUCAGAUCUAGGAUAGGCUCUAAUAUCAUCUUAAAAUUGUGGAAUUUCAAACAGUUAGUAUUAGUUUAUGGAACAUCAAAUCACCAAUCACUACAGAAUACUGUGAUACAACUAAGGAAAGCAUGCAGCCAUCCUUAUCUUUUUCCGGGUAUUGAACCUGAACCUUAUGAAGAAGGUGAACAUCUGGUUCAGGCCAGUGGUAAACUGCUGAUUCUGGACCAACUUCUUCGAAAGCUACAUCAUAAUGGACAUCGUGUUCUUCUUUUUGCUCAGAUGACACAUACACUUGACAUUUUGCAGGAUUAUCUGGAGUUACGUAAGUAUUCUUACGAGCGUCUUGAUGGAUCAAUUAGGGCUGAGGAGCGCUUUGCUGCAAUAAGAAGUUUCAGCAACUCAUCAGCUAAUACGGGCUUGAAUUUUGAAGCUAACCAAAACGGAGCUUUUGUUUUUAUGAUCUCAACAAGAGCUGGGGGAGUUGGCUUGAAUCUCGUGGCUGCUGAUACUGUUAUAUUCUAUGAGCAAGAUUGGAACCCUCAGGUGGACAGACAAGCUUUGCAGAGAGCACAUAGAAUUGGCCAGAUGAAUCAUGUUUUGUGUAUAAACCUUGUUACUGAACAUACAGUGGAGGAAGUAAUUAUGCGGAGGGCAGAAAGAAAAUUGCAGCUGAGCCUAAAUGUUACAGGCGAUAAUAUUGUGGAACAAGAAGAUAAACAAUUAUCUUCAGUUGGAACUGGUGAUUUGAAAUCCAUCAUAGUUGGAUUACGUAUGUUUGAUCCCAAUGAAAUCAAUGAUGGAAAAGACAAGGACAUGGAUUUAACAGAAAUUAAUGCAAUGGCUGACAAAGUGAUUGCUAUUCGUGAUGAACAAAUAUUUGAUAAGGAUGACAGGAAAUUUGAGGUCAAUCCAAGAAACUUUUUAAAAGGAUUUGAUGUUAAGGAAAGAGGUUCUGCUUCUUUCUCUUGUGAUCUUGAUCUUGAUGAGGCAUCAUAUCUUGCUUGGGUUAAAAAAUUUGAGGAAGUUUCUAAAUCAAGUUGCGACUCAGUUAUUGACUUGAAAAGCAGAAGGAACUUGGAUGAGGAAAAGAGUCAAAAACUUGAGACUGCAAGGAAGAAGGCAGAAGAAAAGAAGCUGUCUAAGUGGAAUGCUGCUGGAUACCAGUCGUUGAAUGUUGAAGACCCUAUUAGCCCCCCAGAUGGGGAUACCAUAUUAGAUGCUGGUUCUGUUCAUUUUGUCUAUGGAGAUUGUACAGCCCCUACAAACGUUCCUUCAACUGAACCUGUUUUAAUAUUCAGCUGUGUUGACACCUCCGGACGUUGGGGCCAUGGUGGAAUGUUUGAUGCACUAUCUAAACUUUCAUCAAGCAUCAGUGAUGCAUAUGAACGGGCUUAUGAACAUGGGGAUUUGCAUCUUGGUGAUCUCCAUCUUAUAAGGCUUGAAGAUGACGGUAAUGAUCAAAAUUUGGACGGUAAUGCUCCCAAAAUGGUUGCUUUAGCUGUGGUUCAAUCCUACAAUCCAAGGCGUAAAGUCCCUCGAAGUGAAAUCUCACUUGUCCACUUGGAAAGCUGCUUAUCAAAGGCAGCGUUCUCAGCUGAUCAAAAUUCUGCAUCAAUACACAUGCCACGGAUUGGUUAUCAAGAUGGAUCUGAUCGCUCUCAAUGGUACACCAUAGAACGGCUUCUAAGAAAAUAUGCCUCCAUGUACAACGUAAAUAUAUAUGUGUAUUAUUACCGAAGAUAACGUUAAGGAUCCACGCUGUUUCCAGACACAAGAGGGAUAGUUCAGAUGGAAAAAAGAGCUUGAAGAUACGUUUCCCUAUUACCCUAUACGUGCACAUGUAUGUAUAUAAUAUAAUUCCGGACAACACAAGUGU